AAGGAGUACCUCACUUUCCAUCAAAGACGCCAUAUAGGAGAGAAACCAUGUGCCUGCUCCGACUGUAGAAAUAAUUUCAUGUUUAGUGGACUACUUGCUUCUCAUAGGAGAGUCCACACAGGUGAGAAACCAUAUAAAUGCUUUAAUAAGUCUCACCUCACUGACCAUCAAAAUACACAUUUAGGAGAGAAACCAUAUAAAUGCUCAGAGUGUGGAAAGAUAUUCAGUCAGAAUGGCGAUCUUACUACACAUCGAAGGAUCCAUACAGGGGAGAAACCGUAUAAAUGCUUAGUAUGUGGAAAGAUCUUCCGGCGGAAGGAGUACAUUAUUAUGCAUCAAAGAAUCCACAAAGAGGAGAAGCCAUUUAAAUGCUUAGAGUGUGGAAAGAGCUUCAGGAAGAGCUGUCAUCUUACUGACCAUCAAAAAAUUCACAAAGGGGAAAAACCAUAUAAUUGCUUAGAUUGCGGAAAGAGCUUCAGUCAGAAGACCAAUCUUACUACCCAUCAAAGAACUCACACAGGAGAGAAACCAUAUAAAUGCUCAGAGUGUGGAAAGAGCUUCAGCAGGAGUGACUGCCUUACUGCCCAUCGAAGAACUCACACAGGAGAAAAACCAUAUAAAUGCAAGGAGUGUGGAAAGGGCUUCAGUCAGAGUGGAAAUCUUACUUCGCAUCAAAGGAUUCACACAGGGGAGAAACCAUUCAAAUGUCAAGAGUGUGAGAAAAGCUUUGGUGAUAGUAGAAGCCUCAAUUUCCAUCAAAGAGUUCAUACAGGGGAGAAACCAUAUAAAUGCCUGGAAUGUGGAAAAAACUUCAGUCGGAGUCACAGCCUUACUGCCCAUCAAAGAAUUCACACAGGAGAGAAACCAUAUAAAUGCAAGGAGUGUGGCAAGGGCUUCAGGCAGAGCACAACACUUAGUUCCCAUCAAAGGAUUCACACAGGGGAGAAACCAUUCAGAUGUCAAGAGUGUGGGAAAAGCUUUGGUGAUAGUAGAAGCCUUAAUUUCCACCAAAGAAUUCACACAGGAGAAAAACCAUAUAAAUGCCCGGAAUGUGGGAAAAGCUUCAAUCGGAGUGACUGCCUUACUACCCAUCAAAGAAUUCACACAGGAGAUAAACCAUAUAAAUGCAUGGAGUGUGGAAAGAGUUUCAUUCAGCGUGGGAAGCUUACGUCUCAUCAAAGAAUUCACACAGGAGAGAAAAAAUAUACAUGCCUAGUGUGCGGGAAAAGGUUCAGGCAUAGUGGAAGCCUUAAUUCCCAUCAAAGAAUUCACACAGGGGAAAAACCAUAUAAAUGUCUGGAGUGUGGAAAAAACUUCAGUCGGAGUGACAGCCUUAUUGCCCAUCAAAGAAUUCAUGCAGGAGAUAAACCAUAUAAAUGCUCAGAGUGUGGGAAAAGCUUUAGGGAAAGUGGAAAACUUACUGUCCAUCUAAGAAUUCACACAGGGGAAAAACCCUACAAAUGUCUAGAGUGUGGGAAAAGCUUUAGUGAUAAUGGAAGCCUUAUUUCCCAUCAAAGAAUUCACACAGGGGAGAAACCCUAUAAAUGCCUGGACUGUGGAAAAAGUUUCAGUCAGAGUGGACACGUUAUUUCCCAUCAAAGAAUUCACACAGGGGAGAAACCCUAUAAAUGCCUGGAAUGUGGGAAAAGUUUCAGUCGGAGUGAUAGCCUUACUGUCCACCAAAGAAUUCACUCUGGGGAGAAACCAUAUGAAUGCCGUGAGUGUGGGAAAAGCUUCCGUGAUAGUGGAAGCCUUAAUUCCCAUCAAAGAAUUCACACAGGAGAGAAAACAUAUAAAUGCCUAAAGAAGAACCUUUCAUCAGAGAGAGAUGAGACGCAUGAGAAAGGAUGCAUGUUGUACUCCAGCAGCAGCCCCCGGGCUUCGCACCCCGAGGCAGGGAGAGCGGAACUGAAGGCCGAGCCAAGGAGGCUUCGCCCAGAUGCGCCUCGGGAGAAGGGGCUGCUGGGGGUGGCCCCGGUGCAAAUCCGGACGGGCCAGAGCGAAAUCCCAGCGGGGGCGUUGCAGGUGCCCGCUGGACUUGCUCCUGGCGAGGAGCAACUCCCAGCAUCUGGAGGGACUCGACUUCCCUUGAGGGGAUUUUGUGCAGUCAGAGCAUCUGAGAAGAGUUUGGAUUUUUUCUGGGCUCCUCCAAAGGCUGAGAUGCUCUGUAAGGGCAUCAGCGGAAAGACACUCUUGACACCUUCUCAGCCAUCUCCUCCUUGUGGUGAAAGGAAAAGAGCCACCAUGCUGCCCACUCAGGAUGGGGUGUCCUUUGAAGAGGUGGCUGUGUAUUUCACCCAGGGGGAGUGGAGCCUGCUGAGCCCAGCCCAGAGAUCUCUGUACAAGGAAGUCAUGCUGGAGAAUUUUGGGAACGUGGCCUCUCUGGGACCUCAGAUUGCCAAACCUGACCUCAUAUCUUGGCUGGAAGAGGAGGAAGAGCUGUUUCUCCUGACCUCCGAUGAAGUAAAGGGAUUGGCAGCAGGAGACAUGUGGGAAUCAGCCAAUGAUAUGAAAGAACAUCAGGUGGUGGAGAAAGAGGAUACAUACUCAGAUGUGAAAGAGAAGGUUGAAUACCAUCAUGUUCUCAGGCUGGUGGAAGGAAAAGAUCCUUAUAAAGAGACAAAUACUUCUGGUCUUUUGGAGGGAGGUGACUCUGUACUACAAAAAGUAUACAAAAAAGACAAGUGGAAUGAGCUCACUGCAAGCAGGAAACUAUUUCAUAAAAUACCAGGUACUGAUAUUCAAUGGAGAAGUUAUAACAAAAAGAAGAUACAUAAAUUCCAGGAGUGUGGAAAAAUGAUUAGGUGGAAAGAUAGCCUAAUUCCCCAUCAAAGAAUUCACAAAGCUGAGAAAAAAUAUAAGUACCUGGAGUAUAGAAAAAGCUUGAGUGUUAGUGGAAGUCACUCCAUUGAGAAACCAUAUAAAUGCCUGCAGUGUGGAAAAAGCUUCAGACAAAGUGGAACUCUUACUUCCCAUGAAAGAAUUCAUACAGGACAGAAACCAUAUAAAUGCCUGGAGUGCGGGAAAAGCUUCAGACAGAGUGGAAAUUUUCUUGCCCAUCAAAGAAUUCACACAGGGGAGAAACCAUAUCAGUGCCUGGAGUGUGCAAAAAGCUUCAGGUGGAGUGGAGAUCUAACUACACAUGAAAGAAUUCACACAGGGGAGAAACCAUAUAAAUGUCUGGAGUGUGGAAAAAGCUUCAGAUGGAGCGGAGAUCUUACUACCCAUGAAAGAAUUCACAGAGGGGAGAAACCAUUUAAAUGCCUGGAGUGUGACAAAAGCUUCAGGCAGAGUGGAGAUCUUACUGCCCAUGAAAGAAUUCACAGAGGGGAAAAACCACAUAAAUGCCUGGUGUGUGAAAAAAGCUUCAGGCGGAGUGGACAUCUUAGAGCCCAUCAAAGAAUUCACACAGGGGAGAAGCCAUACGCAUGCAUUGAGUGUGGAAGAAGCUUCAGUGACAGUGGAAACCUUGCUUCCCAUCUAAGAAUUCAUACAGGGGAGAAACGAUAUAAAUGCCUGGAGUGUGGAAAGAGCUUUAGUUCUAAUGGAAACCUUAAUCGCCAUCAAAGAAUUCACACAGGGGAGAAACCAUAUCAAUGCUCAGAGUGUGCAAAAACCUUUGGCCAGAAUGGAGAUCUUAUUGCCCAUCAAAGAACUCACACAGGAGAAAAACCAUAUCAAUGCCUAGAGUGUGGGAAACGCUUGAGUUGCAGUAGAAAUCUGAUUUCCCAUCAAAGAAUUCACACAGGGGAGAAACCAUAUAAAUGCUCAGAAUGUGGGGAAAGCUUCAGGAAGAUUGUAUCCUUUAAUGCCCAUCAAAGAAUUCACAUAGCGGAGAAGAAAUAUGAAUGCUUAGAGUGUGGAAAAUGUUUCCGUCAUCGUAGAAAAUUUGCUUCCCAUCAAAGAAUUCAUACAGGAGAGAAACCCUUCCAAUGCCCGCACUGUGGAAAAAGCUUCUGCAAGCUUAGAAAUCUUAAUUCCCAUGAAAGAAUUCACACAGGGGAGAAACCGUAUAAAUGCCUGGAGUGUGGGAAAAGUUUCAAUCACAGUGGAAGCCUUGCUUCCCAUCAAAGAAUUCAUACAGGAGAGAAACCCUACAAAUGCCAGCAGUGUGGAAAAAAUUUCAGAGACAGUAGAACACUUGCUUCUCAUGGAAGAGUUCACACAGGGGAGAAACCAUAUAAAUGUCUGGAGUGUGAAAAAAGCUUCAGCCAGAGUGGAAGCCUUAUUUCCCAUCAAAGAAUUCACACAGGGGAAAAACCAUAUAAAUGCCUGGAAUGUGGUAAAAGCUUCAGGAAGAGCAGCAACCUUAAUUCUCAUCAACGUAUUCACACAGGGGAGAAACCAUAUGAAUGCAUGGAAUGUGGAAAAACUUUCAGUCAUAGUGGAAGCCUUGCUUCCCAUCAAAGAAUUCAUACAGGAGAAAAACCCUACACAUGCCUGCAGUGUGGAAAAAGCUUCAGACAGAGGGGAAAACUCACUGUCCAUCAAAGAAUUCAUACAGGAGAAACCAUGUAAAUAAAUGACUGGUGUGUGGAAAAAGCUUCAGUUGGAGUGACAAUCUUCAAAGAAUUCACAGAGGGGAAAAAAACUGUAUAAAUGCCUGGAGAAUAGAAAAAGCUUUAGUCAAGUGUUAACACCUUAUUGCCCAUGUAAAAGUUCACACAGAGUGGGGGAGUGUCAUACUCAGAUGGCUGCACUCCCACCGCAAGUGCAUUCAUGUCCUCCCUCAGACCAGCUCACUCUCCAUGUUUGCUGACCUCCAUUUUAUGCUCGCAACAACAAUCCUACAAAGUAGAUUAGGUUGAGAGGGUGAGACGGGGACAAAGUCAGCCAGCCACCUUCUGUGGCAGGGUGGAGAUUCAAUCCUUGGGUCUCAUAGAUCCCAGCCUGACGUUCUAACCACUAUUCCACACAGAUUCUGCCAGGUCAGCUUGUUCACAGAGGAGGUGUUUUCCACCCUCCCUUGCUGUGCUGCCAGUACUUUUCUGGCGUCUCAUGAGUAAACCUUUGAUUCUUUUUCAAAUAGCAGAGGGAUGUUAUGGAGCUAAUCUAUGCCCGGAUGGUCUGAGUCCCUUCAAUUUUGGUACUGAACAUCCCACCAUCACCCUGAAAUGGGUGGCCAAUAUGAAGAUUCCUAGCUGUAUUUUCAGAUGUGUUGUGCAGGCAAUUUGUAUUGUACCUUUGCUUCCUGUCUCCUUUGCAAUAGCAAUACCACUUUUUGACUGGGAUAUAAGGGUUCAGGAAUCUCCACUCCUGCUUGUAUCUGACAAAAGGUGCUUUGACUUGCGGAAGGACGUACCAUAGAUAUCUUUUUGGUCCUUAAGGUGAUACUGGACUGAAGCCUUGAUCUUUUCCUGUGGACCUUCACAGCUAUCCACCUGAAAGUGCAUCACACUAUCUCUGAAACCUCGGGCUUUGUAAUAGUGUGGAUAUUUUCCACCCUCCCUGUCUGUGCUGCUUCUGCCUUCCUGGCUUCUCAUGGGAAAAUGUUAUCUUCCAUAGCAAAUAGGAUGGGACGGGGGUGUCCUGAGGUAAGAGGGCCAAGAUGGUGUGAUACCCUUUGAUUCUCAUAAUAUGAGUACUGCUAUUGCCUGGAGACCGGUAGCCUGUUUCCAGAGGCCUUUCUUCAUUUUCUGAUGAGGUAUGCCUGCUAUGGAUAGACAAAGAGGUGCACAAGCAGAUGGACAGAUGCCUCCUUUUAUUAUUGUAGUUGAGUUUCAUGUGGUAUUUUACAGAAUAAUCCUCAUUUGAAAUGGCUAGUUUUUAAUCUAUCUUUGUUGGGCACCAAGUUCCUGUGGUGCCGGGAGAUGCUAACCGUGAGGAGUUGGCCCUCUGUCAGAAUUGGGAGGGGGCGGGGAGAGAAGGAUUUUUUUCCCUGGGAGGAAACAGGCUCAGGUGGUGUUUGGUGAGGUGAGAUCUUCUGAGGGGGGGGGGGGAAAGUGCGGUUUCUGAAGAACAACAGAGAUGGAAGCCAUUUGAGAAGGAGUGUCCUUUGAAGCAUACAGAGGAGUCAAAGCAGAAGUCACACUGGAUAUCUGCAGUGGAAGCAGGACCGAGAGACAUUCAAACUGCAGCAGGGAACCAAGCGCGAGAGACUUCCAUGAGACUGCAGAAAAAGUGUAAAGACGCAAAUCCCCUCUUUGGUUUUAUAGGUGUGUGCCCCUACACCCUC